CAUUUCCCGUGCUAGUACAGCUGACGUAAGUUACGUCAUUGAUAUGCGACAGUCAUUCGGCGUAGCAAUGGCGAGUGGCAAAAGGAGUGCGCUUCUCUCUUCUUUGGCUGAGUAUGGGGAAUCAGAGCCUGAUUCCGACCAAGAACCAGAUCAGAUAGAGGCUCGUGGAGUGGGUCUCGUGUCGGCAAGCUACGGUGAAGAUGACGUGAGCCGGGUAGAAGACCCCGAAGAUAAGGGAUCGCUAGACGAGGAUAGUGGGGAGAGCUCCCGCAAUUCGGAAGAGGAGGAAUCUGACGAAGGGGGAGAUCCAGAUGACAUUAAGAAGAUCUCAGAGGCAGAAAGGAGAGACCCCAACGAGCUGGUUGCCCUGUUCUCGGAGAAGGUGAGGAACAUGUGUCCUGAUGAGAUCAGGAUUCCCCCGGAGCCCCCUGGACGCUGCUCCACCCAUCUGCAGGAGAAGAUCCAAAAGCUGUAUGAGAGGAAGCUACAUGGGGACUUUGACACCAACAACCACAUCCAAAAGAAGAAGGAGUUCAGGAACCCAAGUAUUUACGAGAAGCUAAUCCAGUUCUGCAGCAUCGACGAACUGGGAACCAACUACCCUAAAGACAUGUUUGACCCUCACGGCUGGUCUGAGGACUCCUACUACGAAGCCCUAGCCAAAGCCCAGAAGGUCGAGAUGGACAAACUGGAGAAGGCUAAGAAGGAGAGGACCAAGGUGAGGACGACCGGAGAAAUCGAGUUUGUGACAGGCACUAAGAAGGGCACCAAUCCUACCUGCGCAGCUGCCUCCACCACCAACACCACCACCACAUCUACAGCAGAAGCUCAGAAGAGGAAGAGUAAAUGGGACUCUGCCGUGCCAGUGACCCUGGCACAGGCCCCUCUCCUCACUACCACGGCGACCCUGCCAGGGGUUGUCUCCGUGACGACCACCGCCAGCGGGACCAAGACCACUGUCAUCUCUGCCGUGGGCACCAUUCUGAAGAAAGCCAAGCAGUGAACAUGAAUGUGUGCGUGUCGCUUUCCAAAAGCGGUGAGUGUGAAUGAAUGACCUGAAAGGAAGAAGACCCCCACUUGACAUAUGCCCCCUUCAGCAAACCCAUCUCCCUCAGUCCCACCUCCAGCUUCACUGCCUUCUAUCUCUGGGAUUGUAUCUACGCCGUACGAGGGCUCGGCCCCAACUGGGAUCCUGCUCCUCAGCAGCUUCUACUGAAGUUCAGCAUGGUUCUCUGUGUUUAUGUGUAGGAGUCUUUGUUGGCUGGUUAGCCUAAGCCAACAGUCCUGUCUGUGUCCUGUUGUUGUUUUUUUCCUGGAUUCAUCUGACAUGAAAUUAUUCAUUCUUUUUUUCUGUUGAUAAGUCCAAAGCAAGGUAUUUACGUCACGGUUCAGUUUGUUUGUUUUUAACGGCCUACUCCAAGACCUUCGGGAUUUUAUUUUUCACAGUUGUACAUAUACCGAUGAUGAGUAGGUGAAUAAAAAUAAGAUGCCUUUUCCGA